AUGGCAGAGGCAGGAGAGUGGAUCAGCGCAACGUGGGAUGGUGGCAAUAUAAAUUAUGAGAGGCUCCUGUUCAGCUACGACCUCGAUUGUGGCUCGCUUGUGCUACAGUAUCUCGAGUUCCAGUGGACUAUCAAGAGUGACAGGUUCCAAGUCGUCCCCACUGACUUCCGUACAGACAGUGGUCGAGGCCACACGUCGAGGCUGGGGCUGUAUAAAUUAAUACCGUCAACCAAGUAA